CGCACAUGCUCCAAUAAGCACGUAUUCUUAUGAUGUAUUUCUCGCUGAUGCGCCUGCGUGUGCGAAAGUGUGUCGAAAAAGCGAAGGAAAAAACCGAGGUGUGAGCAGACUAUAGACUGUGACCCACAAAAUCUCGUAUUUUCGAAAAACGAAUUACGUCCGGCGCGGAUGAUUUGCAUAAUAAGUGACAUCCAGAAACUGGUUGAUCUCCGACUGUCCCUCGAGCUUUCCGAAAUUCGGAUCAGCUUGCGCAAUGAUACACUCUGUCCGUCACACCGGCGAAAAGAAAAACAGCCACUCCGCGAGGGAUACGACAUUUCGGAUAUGCAAAGGGAUAUCGCGCGGGUAAACGUCUCCUCUCCACCCGUCGAGUGCGUAAAGUCACGUGUUUAUAUGCAAGAGGAGCUGCGCGUGGGAAGUCGGCGAGUCGCGCCGUUAUGCCGGUAAUUAAUACGCGGAGAGCUGCUCUUUCCCUCUCUCUUCAGCCGCUGCUGCUGCUGCUGCUGCAGUGAGUGAUCGCGGUGGCAAGCGCCCGAGGAAGGUUUUGCGGCUGAAGCUGUUGUCAGACCGUUUUAUUUUAUUGCUCGUAAAAGUACCGAGAUUUAGACUGCAAUACACCCGCUCGCGCGCCGCCGCCGCUGUCGGUGAUGUGUAUAGGCGCCCGUUAUACUCGCGGCGAGCUUGCAAGCCCGUCUUUUAUUCUUCUUUAUCUGAACUUCCUGCCUCUCUCUCUCUCUCUCUCUCUCCUGCUUCCUCUUCGCGGUGCGUUUGCGUGUGGGCAGUAGCCGCGGCCGCGCUGCACCGGACGUGGAAUCUAUUCGUCCCGAAUGAUCGCGCGUAGUAGUCUCGGACGCUUUGCCAAGUGGAACGACGGCCAGAGUCGAUUUCUAGAUUGGCUGUAGCCGCGUGGACUAUCUCGUUUGUUUGCUUUCCGAUUUCUUCUCGAUUCGCGCGGCCUUUGAGCCGAGCCUCCGCUACUUCUGAAGUUAUUCGGGUCUGUUGUUUUGUUUGCUUGCUCGGCGAUCCGUCUUGUUUACACUCGAACGCCGCGAGUUCGUUACAAUAAUUUUCGCAGCGCAACUCUGUCUCAACAAGCUCCGCCGCAAGGCUUUGAGAGAGAGAGAGAGAGAACGUCGCGAAGGUCGCUCUGAAAAUAGACCGAUUCACGUGUAAGAGCAAAAAAUGAAGCGUAUACAGCAAACGAGGCAGCCAAUUAAAAAGAAUCUUCAGCCUCGCUCGCAAUGAUCUCCUAAUUAAACGGAGAAGCUCCUCUCGACUUCCGCGCUUAACUCUCCGCCUCCAUAAAUUCGAGCCUCGGCAAAAGAAAAACUAACCCUGCCUCCGCACGGCGGAAAUGAAAUGCGCGCUCACGUAAACCCGCCUUCUAAGUACAGCCGAAUCUGCCACAUGUGCAUAUGCCCAAACGCCUCGGAGUCACGCUCUCGGCUGCUCGUCAGUAAGGGGUCGCGCGCGCUAUCUUUUCGGGGUGGAACGCGCGAGUAGACGAAAUAAGGCGCGAGCGCUCCGCGUCGGAUCAGUAGUGUAUACCGCCGAAGUCAAAGCGAGCGACAGAGAGAAAAGUUGGGAAAAAGAGAGAGGGAGAAGUCUGUACGUGCAGAGCGCAGAUGAGCGAGGCACACGAGGGGGGGAGCGAGCGUGUGUAAAGCUCGUGUGCGCGAGCGACUGCUAUACUCCACGGGUAUCGGGGGGAGCUUGCCGCGAGUGCCGACAGAUAGCGCGCGACUCGCUCGGCGCUUCAGAAGCGAGCAGAGAGCGAGCGAGCAAGCAGCGCGCAGCUCCGAGAGUCGAGCAGAGCUCAGUUGUCGCUCAGUUUGGCUCGACGAGGCCAACGAGGAAGAAUACACACGAGAGAGAGAGGGAGAUUGACACGGGGCUUCUCCCAUGUAUAUCCGCUCCGAUCUCGCUCUGACACGUACGUGUGUUGUUGCCGCCGCCGCGCAUCUCGCUCUUGGUGCUUCGGCCUACCUGGCUCCGGCGAUUUGUUUCUCCGUCGAGGCCUAUUCUUCCCGCCCGCGCGCAAUCAAAGCACACGCCGACUACCUGACGGCUGACCGCGCCGCUCGGGUCUGCAGCAGCUGAGCAGCGGGAGAAAAAAAAAGUGAAACCGAGUGCGAAUACUGGCUAGCGCGGCCAGUGGGUCGAGGGAAUUUUUUUUUCUGUGAACCCUUCUAGCGAGAGCAUUGUGUGGCGGACAGUGCGCGACAGACAGAGAGAGAGAGAGAGAGAGAGAGAGAGAGAGAGAGAGAGAGAGAGAGAGAGAGAGAGAGAGAGAGAGAGAGUUGACCCGCAGUGCACAGUGUGACACUAUAGCGCACCUCGAGAUGAUUCCGCGCUCGCCCGGACAGAGUUCGGAGCUCACCCUCGAGAUCGUCGCUCCUCGAUCGGACAGUCCGCCGCAUCCCGGUGCAUGAAAAUAGAAAGCCAGUGUGUGCGCGACCUGUGUACGCCGAAGUUUUUUCCUUCGCUCCUGCGCGAGAGAGCUUUAAAAGACAGAUAUACACGCACACGCGCGCCUGACAGCUGCGACAGUCGCUAGCACGCUGAGAUAGCUAAAGUGAGUUUUCUGUUUUAUCUUUUUCAUUCUGGUACGCAUCAUCAACAACCUUCGUCCCAUCCAUCUGGACCUCCUGGACCAUCAACGAUCAACAACAACAACAACAACAACAACAACAACAACGCUGAUACGCGCGCGCAUCUUGGACGACACGUGGCUAACACGGGUGUGUGAAUGUGCAAAACGACGUUACAUCGGCACCUGUGCUGCUGCCUCGCCGACCACAUCCGUCAUCGUUAUCAUCGCCGUCCGCGCGACGCCGCAUCUGCCUUAUCUCGGCCGCACCGACUCCCGAUACUUCUGCUGCUCCUUCCACCUGCAACCCCUACUCCCGCCACCCUCGACCCCCUCCCCGCGCCCCCGCGCGCGCGCUCCGUCUGCUCGACUCGGCUCCGUGUCUCCCCCCCCCUUCCCGCUCCACGAUCCACCGUCACCCGGUAUCCCGCGCUCGACGUGCACGCGGCGCUUUCUUUAUUUACCUCCCGAUCUCUCUCGCGCGCGCGCUGCUCCGCGGGCGAUGACUCGGCUCGGACACCGGUGAACGACUGAACGCUGCUGCAACCGACCGACACCAACACCACCACCACCACCACCACCACCACUCUCAAACAACCCACGUGCGUGGGAUCGGCGCUACGACGAUAUUAAAAUCGUCGGCAAACAAUCGCGAUUUGCACCAUCGCCGAUCACGUGGCUUGCUCAACGGCGACGCUGUACGACAAUGUGCACGCCGUGCCGCUAUGCGGCUCCGGCGUGGCUCACCCUGCCUCCGUCACGCCGAUGGGGACAGUCACCGGAGCGGGGAAUUCCACCGGGUUGACCUGGUGGAACAUGAUGAACGGUGUCCCCUACGAGGACAGCCCGCCGCCAGUAGCUCCGACCUCCACGCUCAUCUCCCUCCAGCAGCAGCAGCAGCAGCAGCAGCAGAGCUCGAACCCCGGCUCCCACCAGCAGCAGCAGGCCUCGACGCCCACCUCGCCGGGAGCCCCCUCGUCGGCCAACACUUCGCAGCAGCAGCAGCAGCCCUCGCAGACCGCCAGCGCGAGCUCGACCUCGCCGAGCGCCUCCUCGGUCGCGAGCAACAGCACUACGGGCCCGCUGCACAUACCCGCGAAGCGGCUGACCGCGACCCCGGUCCAGGGCCAGGUCUCCGGCUCGGGGAACGGCGCCGGCUACGCCGACGUGAACUGCGCCCCGGGCGAGCCGAACGGCGGCGUCGUCCAGCCCGGCAGCGUCAUCCGGCACUCGCACUCGACGGGCUCGAGCCAAGGCACCGGGCCCACCGGCUGGGCCAGCUACAGCCCCCACCACCCCCAGGAGUCGCACUACUCGACGGCGGCCGGCACGCCCCAGGACUCGCUGAACCACCACCAGGCUUACGGGGGCACUAAUCCCCCCACGUACUACACCAACCUGGCGAGCGACCCCAGCGGCACCGGCGCCCCGGGCGCCAACCAGCAGGCCUCCUCGAGGGACCAGCGCAAGGCCUCGAGCCUGACCAGCUUCUGGUCGCCCGCGGCCUCGACGACGGGCACCGGCGCCGGCGACUACAAGUCCUACAACUCCGGGGCCGGCGGGACCGGCGGCAACAUCGCCACCACGACCUCGUCCACGGGUUCCUCGGGGGCCGACCCCGCUGUCAGCUGCCACCAGAGCUUCUCGCAGAGCUGGUGCAACUACCCGCCCUACUCGACCUCGAGGCACCACCACUCGGUCGACAGCGCCGCGGCCGCCGCGGCGGCCCACCACCACGCGCACAGCCAGGCCGGCGUCUCGUACCUCACGCCCUCGGCAGCGGACGACCGGGGACGGGUGGCCGCCGCGAUGGUCGCCGAGGCCGCCUUCCCCCACGACGGCUACGGCGGACUCAGGAACUACGGGGCCCCCGAGCCCGUCACCUCCAGCCCCUACCCGCCUCCAGUGAUGUGGGGUUCCUCCCCAUCCUCCUUGUUUCAAACAGGUGGCCUCGGAGUCGUCGGGGGCGUCGGAGUGGGCGGCAUGAGCGUGAGCGGCACGAACCCGCUGGAGUGGACGGGCCAGGUGACGGUGCGCAAGAAGCGCAAGCCCUACUCCAAGUUCCAGACGCUCGAGCUCGAGAAGGAGUUCCUCUUCAACGCCUACGUCUCGAAGCAGAAGCGCUGGGAGCUGGCGCGCAACCUGAACCUGACCGAGCGCCAGGUGAAGAUCUGGUUCCAGAACCGGCGCAUGAAGAACAAGAAGAACAGCCAGCGCCAGUCCCAGCAGCAGAACAACAACAACAACAGCCAGGCGAACAACGCGAACCACCACGGGGUCGGGGCGGGCCACCACCACUCGAGCAGCGGCCACGCGAGCGUCCACCACGUGGCGCAGGCGCACCACGCUAACGGCUCGGCCAAGCACCAUCAGUGACCCGUGGUCUUCUCUGGCGUCGCGUUCGGCCACAGCCCGCACGCCGGCUCCAGCUCGUCCUCGGCCACGGCCGUCUCGGGCCACGGGGCCCUGCACGCGCCCCAGCCGCAGAUGGCCCAGGCCGCCGGCUCCUCGUCCUCGAGCUCCUCGAGCGCGGCCGCGGCCGCGGCAGCCGCUGCGGCCGCCCUGGCCCACGUGGCCACGCCGCUGCACUCGCACGCGGGCCACGCGGCCUCGCACCAGCUGGCCGGCUCGCACCUCGCGGCCGCGGCCGCCCACCAGCACAGCGCCCUCCAGCUGCACCAGAACGCCCACGGCCUGGCGGCUUAGGACGAGCGGCAGCUCGCGGCGCCGGACCCGCACGCCUCCGCCGCCAGAGACGACCCGCGUCACGCGUACUACCCGCUACCACCGCACCAUCAUCACCACUAUCAUCAUCACCCCCACUACGGCGUGCAGUCGCUGCAGCAGCAGCAGUACUACUACCCGCAGCAGCAGCAGCCCGGCUACGGCCAGCAUCAUCAGCAGGAGCCGGCGGCGGACUCGGUCUCCCCGUCCUCCAACUGCUCCAACACCCAGGACUCGAGCGACUCGUCGCGAUACCACGUCUUCCUCAAGAGGGAGUACGUGCAGUUCGAGCGGCGAGUCGCGAUCGACUGGCUGGAGCCAGAGGACGACGCCGCCACCGCGUCCAGUGCAACGCACCAGGAGGAGGCGGACGAUCGACGGCCGGCCGACGAGGAUGCCUAAGGUACACUGCUCGGACCCUCCCGUGUGUAAAUAAGUGCGUACAUGCGACCACACUACUCGUAUGCGUAUGCCCGGGGACAAAGUGCAAAUCGUCGGACUCGCGAUCGACGUACGUGUCGUAUGGACGAUGCUCUACGCAAAAUACACGCAUUAUAAAUAUAGGUAAAGGAUUGCUUGUUUUCAUUGUAGAUGUGAAGUAAUUUUAUCAUCAUCUAAUCGUCGUACUUAAGCAUUAUGUAGACACGUCUGUGUGCGCGCGUGCGUGUGUGUCAGUGUGCGUGCAGCGGCGAACGCGGAUUUGUAGCUCAAGCCGGAACUCUCCUGUCUCUCGGAGAGACGCGCGAGUACAUAGUUUAAUGCAAAUAGUUGUCGAAUAGUUAAUGAAUAAAUAACGCGAACUGCGCGACAGCGACACACAGCUGAGCAGCAGAGCGUGUCUUAUCGUGCGCGGCUGUGUGCAAGAGAGAGACUGAGUGCGAUCGUGACGACGUUGUACAGGGAAUGUGUGUUUCUGCGCGUUAUACAUACAAAUACAUAAUAUACAUAAUAUAAAUAUUUAUAUAUAUGGAGGUAUAUAUAUAAAGAUGAGAAAGAGAAACAAAUGAUGUAUUGAGGAAGACGGCACGACGACUGGGUAUUAGCAGUCGCGGUGUCCGCAGUAGUGUCUUGAGAUACAGUGAACCUAUUGUCAAGCUCGGAUCGCCGGCGGCCAUCAGACACUCCGCGCACUCGUCAUCUGUCCAAUUCGUAAACUCGAUAGUAUUCUCUCCUGCAGUUUUUAGCCUAUAUAUAAAUAUUAAGUAAAAUAUACAUAGCGAGCGAGCCGGAGACGACACGCGAGAUAUUAGGAUGAUGAAGAAAAGAAAGCAAACAAUACAAUUUUUAGUCGUAUAAUUAGUGUCACUUACUGUGUCCCCGGCCCCCUUCUCUAUAGACCUCUCGUGCUGUAUAACGUUACGUUGUCCUCUAGCCCCCUCGUGCGUGUCAAAGAAUAUAGCUUUCCCUUUGCUCUCGAUUUUUACCCCCUCAUUAUUUUCGCACCUUUCCGGACUGGGUGGAUAUAAACUUUUCGGCCCCGUUGAGAAAAUUUCGAUGUCCACUGCUGUACCACCACUGAUACUAUACUGUGUUUCUCCAUAUAGAAGAAGAAAUUGGUCAGGCCCCGUCGCGAUUAUUAUUGCGUAUUUUUCUACCCUUGUGAAAAAAUAAGUCCCAUCCAGUCUGCCGAGUGAACUUUUUCCUAGACGUAAUUCGAUAGUAGGCGGAAUGAGCGGAAACAAUGUAGUUACAAUUACGUAGCAUAAGAGAGAGAGAGAGAGAGAGAGAGAGAGAGAGAGAGAGAGAGAAAAGAGAAACCCUGAAAAUGGAUAGAGUUUUCAAGAAAACUUAAAAAAGAAACGUACUACACGCCUACCAACGAUCGCAUAACUAUCGUACCUAUAAUUCUUGAUCGUACGUAAAGAAUUAAAAGAAAGAAAGAAUUCGAAUCACGCGCGAAAAUUCAAGUCGGCUAGAGAACGACGAAGGAGUGCGCAGAGCCGCGCGUGAGUCGAGCUCUCGCGCACGCGACAUUGAUACCGGUGAAAGAAAAAUUUUUCAAAAGUUUGAUCUUACAAUUAUUCGAUGUUCUUGCCUCGGAAGACGAAUUAAAACAGUGUUAGCCUACUGCAGGUAAAACGAAAAAAGAAAAACACAAAGUAUUAAGCUCUGUAAAGUAUUUCGAUUUUAAAUUAUUGCGUUAUGCGUCUUCGAUAUAGAAAUUGAGCGAGAAGCGUCGUGGAAAGAAGAAUCAAUGAAUCUCGAGCUCGGUCUGACGCGACGAGACGUCGAGCAUCGUAAAUAUGCAAUCCAAAUCCUCCCACGCAUCACAGCUGUGAAAACGCGCGGGACUAUUGAGGGUGUAUAGGUAGUUAAAAAAGAAAAAGCGACUAAGGUUCGUUGCAACAUGUCCCAGUAGUUCUCUACUAUCUUAGUUGUAAAUUUUCGCGAAGUCGCGCGCGUGUGUUUGUUUGCGAUGGAAAAGCUCGGCAAGAGUGCGAAUACAUAAUAUACUUCUCGCAAUCGGGCGCAGCCGAAGCGCACUGGAUACAUACGAACCUCUGCUCGAGAUCGAAAUUAAUUUUGUUUCACUCUCUAUAUAGAAAUGACGGUCCGAUGCGCUUCGAGCUGCGCUCCCUCGUGUUUGGCAUUUUUUAUUUAACCGAUGACAAAAUGUAGACGCGUAUGUGACUGACUAGAAAAAUGCGAGUACAACGAGUGUGAGCGUGAAUAAUUUAAAGAGAAAAAAAUAAUUACUGCGGAUUUGCGCGAAAGACGAAAGAUGGUAGGGCCGACAACUGGCUUCUAUCACUGCAGGCCCCGUGAAACUGGGUCCGGACAAGUGUAUAGCUCUGCCGCAGUACUAGGAUAGUUAUAUUCUGUAACGAUGAUAAUAUAAUAUGGUAUAAGUAAUGAAUUUAAAAGAAAGAAAAAGCAAAUGAAGCACCAGUGAUGGAAAGAAAAUCGAAGUGAAACUGAAAAACCGUAGCAAUGCGAAAUUAAAUAAAAAAUAAAAAUGAGAAUCCCGGUCGCGACCCAGUCAUCGCGUCAGCUAAGCUUUUCGGCGCAAGUUGUAAUUAGUAAUAAUAAUUAUUAUGUCAAGGACACGAUGUUUACGAUGAUUAUUAAGGUUAUGAUUAUUAUAUUAUUAUCAUUAUAUAUAUUAUUAUUGUGAGCGUCACGUUAAUAUUAUGUUAUUGUUUUUAUUGUGUGUUGUUUUGUAUGUAUCAGCCUACAAUGAUAAUAUUAUUAUUAUGACGAUAAAAAAAAAUGAUCCAUUCAUAAAAGAAAAAAAUCAUGGUGUUAUUAAAUGUGUAUAUUAUCUUUGAAUCCGUUGCUGUAGAUACUUUCACGUUACACUUGACGAUGAAUUACCGUAUUAUGAUUUUAAGCGAUUGUACUUCCAAUCCCAGUUCUCCCACCUCGUUGUUGUUCUUUCUAAUAUAAAAAUACAUUAAUAUUGAGAACGUAAA